CACACACACACAGCUGUAACAGUUGAAGUUUUCCUGCUGGCUUCCCAGUCUGCUGGAACCUGCAGUGGCUGCAGCAUGUCUGGCUCUCCGUCCUGGAUCCUGAGCGCCGUCUGGAUCAGCUGCCUGCUCGGCGCGGCCGCCUGCAGACGCGGCAGAGGUCAUGGCGGCCAUCACAGCCCCAUCAUCUUUAACGAGUUCUGCGCCAUGAAGGACGAGUCGGGGCCCUGCAAGGCCAUCAAGGAGCGCUUCUUCUUCAACGUUAACUCUGGGAGCUGCGAGCGCUUCGAAUACGGCGGCUGCAGCGGAAACGCCAACAACUUUGAGACGAUGGAGGAAUGCGAGGAGGCGUGCGUCUUCUCAGACGAUAAGAACCCGUGCCACCUGCCGGAGGCCCCGGGCCCCUGCCGCGGUUUGGUGAAGCGCUUCUUCUUCGACAGCCAGACUCAGCAGUGCAGACAUUUCUACUACGGCGGCUGCUUCGGCAACGCCAACAACUUCAGGAGCAUGGCCGACUGCCAGCAGAGAUGCCUCAGCCCAGACGAACCGACGGCUGCGACAGACGUCCAUGUGAGGAAAACCGUCAUGGCUGCUCCCAACGUCGCUGCAGAGGAGCUGACUGUGAGCGAACCGCAGGUGCAGCUCAACGCCUCCGACUCACAAACAGACUUCAGCGCCUCAGAGAUCUGCUUCAGCCCCAUCGACCGCGGCAGCUGCAGCGGCGCCUCCAGGCGCUUCGCCUUCAACCCAGAAACCAGGCGCUGCCAGUCGUUCUCCUACAGCGGCUGCGGCGGGAACCAGAACAACUUCCUGCUCCGCAAACAUUGCUACCACAAAUGCAUCAGAGGCCAGAAGGGUAAAGACUCCAGACACACAGAGACGAAGCACGGUGCCGCAGCCGCUCCUCAUCCUCACGGUUCUGUUUCAGGCGACAGGAGGGGGAUGAUCCGGAUCAGGAAGAAAAACAUCGACAGCAUCGUGAACCGCGGGGACUGAACGCCGCGCCCUGCGGGACGCCGCUCCUCCUCCUCACAUGUAUUUAUCUCUGUAUUAUAGCUUCCAGCCUUUUUUCUUCAGAAAAUCUCUUUUUUUAAUAGUGAACUGUUUUUUCAUGAUGGACAAUUCUGUGCAAAAGUCUUGAGUCGUUCCUCAGAGAUCAGAGCAGGAAACAAGAGGCGGUUUAAAACUUUAGCACAGGAGCAAAAUAGAAACUUAAAGAAACUCUGAGAUUAUUUUGAACAUUGAACUUCCUCUGGUUUCAUGUUUCUGUUUUCAUCAGCAGAGAUUCUUCAUUUUACUCCAACGCUUCUUUUUUUAUUUCUAGAGUUUUCAGUUUCAGCUCUAAAGUCUAAAGUUGUAAAGUAAAAUAAGUUUUGAAUAAAGACCCAGGAUGUCAUUACAGUGGAAACAGUAAUGACAUCCUGUAAUGUAAUGGCUGAUGGGAAUAUUUAAACUCAUGCAAAGAUCUGACUCUUAUCUGCAAUAAUAUUAAAGUUUCUUUUAAAAACAUGCAAUAACAUAAAGAGAUUUAAAACUGUUGAAGUUUUAUUUAUGGGUAUCUGAGUUCUAAAUUAUGAAAACAUUUCAGCUGUGAAAAAAUAUUUUGCUGUAUUUUCGAGAAAAAGCUGAAACGAUUCACCACAAAGUUGUAAUAAUCUGUAAAAAUCCUAAGAAAACAUGUUUUUGCACAUUUAUGCUGAAGAAUAUUAAGUCUGCAUAGGAAAAUAUUCCAGUUCAUUUUGCAUGAAUUAUUCAGUUUGUUUGAGUUUUUGUGGUUUGUUUUGUUGGUGCAAAGCUUUAAAGCUGCAGAUUUUGUUCUUUUAUUUGUUGAAAUAUUUUCCUUUGCUUCAUAUUUCGGUCUCUGAAUAUCAGCUGUUUAUCUGCAGUUAUUGAUCAUUGUAAAUGGAUUCAUUCAUUGAUUAAACGAACCCCAGAAAAUG